AUGACAACUCCACCACCCUUCAAAGCAGCAAUCUUAAUGAACGCCGUCCCCGCCGAAUCCACUCCCCUCCUCGACGAUGCCUUCAAAACCACCUUCGCAACCUGCAUCACGCAGGCCAGUCCCGAUGCACAAGUCGAUUCCUUCGACCCCAUAGAAGCCCAAGUCUACCCCGAGGCUGGCGAAUACGAUUUAAUAGUUCUAAGCGGCGGAACCGCAGACGCCAUGGCGAAAGAUAUUACCUGGAUCCUAAAACUGCAAGAUUUCCUACGGACGACAGUGGAGAGGUGUCCGAGUCAGAAGAUAGUCGGAAUUUGUUGGGGUCACCAGACUAUUAAUAUCGCGUUUGGAGGGACGGUUGGGGAUAGCGAUCAUGCAGAGAUUGGAGUAUAUCCAGUCACCCUAACACCCAACGGCCAAACUUUCUUCACCACCUCCCUCCCCUCAGAAACUCACUACAACAUCCACCAAUUUCACGAGCGCGAAGUCAAGACUCGGGGAAAAGGUUUCAUCGCAUUAGCAGAAAACAACCAGUGUUUCGUCAACGCUGCCAAUACCAUUUUAACGCUGCAAGGUCAUCCUGAGAUGAGCGUUGAGUUGUCGAAGAUGUUGUUGGAGGAUGUACCGAAGUAUUUGGAUGUUGAGGAGGUGGAGAGGAAGGCGUUGGAGGAUAGGGUUGAGAGAGAGCAUGAUGGGAUGGCGAUUUGGAAGAGGAUUGUGAGGUGGACUGGAGAGGUGUAG